AUGAAUGCCGUCAUUCGAAGCGCCGGUAAGGCCCAGACGGCCCUACCCAGCCGCCUGGUAGCUCCUGCGUACCGGCGGUUUGCACAGGGUCGCAUCGUGCAGACCCUUCCUCCGCAGACGCUCGGCGCAAUCCGGACGCCACUGCGGUCGCAGUUCCUGCCCAGCGAAAUCGGGGCGCCUGGGGGCAGAUUGAUCCAUACCAGCCCAAGGCUACAAGAGAAGUCGACCGCUGAAGCUGAGGCCAAGGCUAAGGCUCCCAAGGCGGAAGCCAAAGAGGAAGCCAAAGAGGAAGCCAAGGAGGAGGCCAAGGAAGAAGCCAAAGAGGAUACUACGGAAGAGGGCAAUGGAAAAGAGGAUGGCAAAGAAGGCAAGGAUGGCAAGGAAAAUGAAGCCAAUGCCCCCCCACCUCCUCAUGGCGACAAGACUCCCUGGCAAGUAUUCAUGGAAACCAUGAACACUGAAUUCCAAGCUUCAAAGGAGUGGAACGAGUCGACCAAGCAGAUUGGCGCCGCCGCCCAUCAAUUCAGCGAAAGCGAAGCCGUCCGUCGAACCCGCGAAGCAUACGAAAAAUCAACAGGCGCUGUCUCGUCCUCAGCAGCUAGCGCAAUUAAGUCUACCGCCGGCGCCAUUGGCAAGGGCGCCUCCUGGACUUGGGAGACCCCCGUCAUGAAAGGCGUCCGCAAGGCCGCCAACGUGACUGGUGACGCUAUGGACAAGGCCACCAAGCCGAUCCGCGAUACCGAGGCCUACAAGAAUGUUAAAAAUGUCAUCGACGAUGGUAGCUCUUCCCGCUACGGUGGCUGGGUCGAGAAGGAGGAGCGCCGUCGCCGCAGAGAGCUCCGCGCAAAGGAGCAGCCACAACAAGUCUUCGAAGAAGACCCUGAGGCCGGUACAAGCGUCACCCUACACAAGGAUGCCGCUUGGAAGGAGGCCUGGAGAGAUUUUCGCGACCAAAACAAGUUUGUUCAGGGUCUCUUCAGCAUGAAGGGAAAAUACGAAGAAUCAGAGAACCCGCUAGUCUCGACCGCCCGCAGCAUUACCGACCGCAUCGGUGGCUGGUUUGCCGAGAACGAGACGGCCAUGGUUGUGAAGAAGUUCCGCGAGAUGGACCCCAGCUUCCAAAACGAGGCGUUCUUGCAGGAACUGCGCGAAUAUAUCCUGCCUGAGGUGCUCGACGCCUACGUAAAGGGCGAUACUGAGACGCUGAAGUUGUGGCUGUCGGCUGCCCAGUACUCGGUAUACGAGGCGCUGACCAAGCAGUAUCUGCAGGCUGGCAUGAAGUCGGAUGGCCGCAUUCUCGACAUCCGCAACGUCGACAUUCUACGCGCGCGCAUGCUCGACCCCGGCGAGGUCCCUGUCUUCAUCAUCACCUGCCGGACGCAGGAGGUCCAUGUGUACCGCAACGCCAAGACCAACGAGCUGGCAGCAGGCAUGGAAGACAAGGUGCAACUCGUCACAUAUGCCAUUGGUGUCACGCGCGUGCCUGAGGACGUCAACAACCCUGAAACGAGAGGCUGGCGUCUUAUUGAGAUGCAAAAGAGCGGGCGAGACUGGUACUAG